AUGCUCAGUGUCCUCACCGGCGCAAAACACAAUAUUGGAGCAACAGAAGAUCUCAAAGUCGCUUGCGAAAACUCUGAUGACGAAGCAAGGUUCAAGUUCUACUGCGAAACAGAGAAAAAUGGAUACGUUAUCGAGAGCGAAAAUAAUGUCAAAGUGGCCGCAAAAUCUUCCGACUGUGCCGAUAAAGACACUGUCAUCCAACUUUCUCAACAAUACAUCGCUACACUGAAAGCCAAUGGACAAACAUGCCAGCCACCUCCACCGCCAACUAAGCCACCAAGACAGUGUAAAAUCCCUGAUUAUAUUCUCGCUAUUCUCGGAGAGGGAGCAGACUACAAAGAAGAGUACGGAAAGAUUAUCUUCUUUUGCGAUUUGACUAAUGCUACGGAUGGCUUAUACCAGAGAAAGGGAGAGCCGAAAUUCACUAUAAAAAUGAAACGAAAAUGUCCGAAGACAAAAAAACUUGCCAAAACGCUGAAAAGAAAAGCUAAGGGAAUGUGCAACGCUGGAUCAUCAAACCGGAAAUCAGACCCUAUGAAACGUCAAUACAAGCCACUCGAGCAAACUUUUAGCAAAACGUUUGGCUCUGAUUUUGAAACUGUGAAGAGACAGUGGUCAGAAGCUUACAAAAGUUACAAUGCGGACAGUGGUCUUGCUAGAUUUGGCGCUUCUCGUGGUCUUCCCUUCGCCGAUCGAAUGAGCAGUCUGCUCAAUUUCGGAGUUGGCCCUCUUGCUCGACCAAGCUUUCCAGCUUGGGCGACUCAGAAGAACGACUUGAGAAUUACUUACCACCGUGAACCUUCAUCAUCUUACAAGAAGCCAAAAGCUCCAGCUAAGAGGACUGACACGAAGUGCUUGAGAACUUGCGAGCCAAAUGCAGAGACAGAGAAGCAUUACGAGAGAAUCGGAAGCAUGGAAUGUGCAGGAGCGAGCAAAUACACGGUAACCUGCCACGACGGACGAUCCGUCACUGUUUGGUGGCGACGAAACUGCCGCAAGACUCUGCUUCAGGCUGAAAAAUUCUGCGCUAAGUAUAAUUAA